GUCCGCUGAAAGUCCAGUUUUAAAGAAACACCUCUCUACACCAUUUGUUUGCUUUAACACAUCUACGAAUCCAAGCAUCAUGAGUUCGGGUAUCUGCCUCAUUUUUUUGGUCUCAUAUUUCUUAGCAGAGGCCUAAAGAGUCCUCAUGAUUGGGACAAAAUGCAAUGACAAAUUAUCCAUAAUUCUUUUCAUGUCUCUUUGACCUUAAAAGAUGACACUGUCCUAAAGAAUGUUCCCAGGAAGUGUCACACGGAAUCACCUGUGAAUAAUGAGCAAUUUAUCAUAUUCUAGUUGCUAGUAGAUAAUGGGGAAAAAAAUCCCCUCUCCAUUGGGAGCUGCUUUUUACCGGAGUAUCUUUGCACAGCUCUUAGAAACAGCACUCCAAGAAGAAAAAUAAGAAUAAUCUCCCUUGCUUAUUCAGUUCUUUAUCUGAUUCAGCAUUCUGGUAACCUAGAGACUGAAGUAAACAAAAGUACCUCUGAGACAGCCAACACUAGGAGACCCGUAGAACUGAUGGCUCCCCAUCCGAUGCUGCCAGUGACACACGAAAAAAAGCAAAGUAUACAUCCUAUACUGACAAGAGGCUUCUGAGUAGUGUAAGUCUAUACCCUCUCUCAUUCUUCAUUUGUAGCCAUAGGUAAGAUUUCCGCCACCCAGAAUGUCAACUGAGAAUUCCACAGAUCUAGUUCAGUAUGUUCCCAAGGAUCAGCCUUUUCUUCCUGCCAUUCCAGGGAAUCCAAGGUGUCCCAUAGAAGAACGACUAGCUAGCCAGGAGAGAACCAUGGCUGUUCUUCUUGAACAGGCCUUCCACAUCAAGGAAGAGAUCUCAUCUUGUCUUCAAGGGAGCCACGGAUUCCAAAAGGAGGAGUCAAUGGCUCGGCAGCUGCUGGAAAACCACAUCCAGACCAUCACCAGCAUUGUCAAAAAGCUCAACCAAAACAUCCAGAUUCUAGAAGAACAAAUAAGGGCCCGGGACAACGCAGCAGCCCAAAGUAAUUUCGUUUCCCAGAGUUUUAACCAGAAUCAGCUUCAUGGAAUGGGAGAUCUCCGUGGAAGAGUGGCUAGAUGUGAUGCAAGCCUUGCAAAGCUCUCUGGAGACAUUAAUGUCAUCAGGCACGAGUACCAGAAAGUUGAGAAAGACAUUCAAGGACUCAAGUCUAUUCUGCAAGCUUUUUCCAAGACUGUGGAUGUGAAGGUAAUGCAGCUAUUAGGAAGGAUAGACUCUUACUGCGUGGAGCAAACCUCAAAUUUAAAGGCAGUCCAGGGGGAUAAUAACCAUGAAUUGAGUCUUCUGAAUUUCAAAUUAAAUGCACUUAAAAAUGAGCUCCGUGAGCAAGUUGAGAACCAACAGAAGUGGACAGAAAAUCAGCUUAUGAAAUCUGAAAAAGAACAGCUCCUGCAUAUAAAUCAAUUUCUCAACACUAUAAAGGAGAAAAUGGAAGAAACGAAAAACAAAUUGGAAGGAAAAGUGCAUGAACUACUAGUGAAAUCAGAAGAGCUACUAAACCCGCAGAGAUUUGAAAAAGAACUGAACAAAGUGAAGGUUGCAGAAAACAAGUUGUACAAAAGGAUGAAUCAAGUGGAAAGACAGAUAUGGGAAGAGCUAAACAAAAUCGAAAAUGAAUACCAAUCAGGAUUUCAAUCGAUUCGUGAGUCUCUUGAAUCCCUCCAACAAAUACAGACGACAAAGAUCCAGUUAGAGAAAUAUAAGUUCCAGAAAGACAUAAACAAGUUGCAUCGCAAGAUAGUGGAACUUCAAGAAAUGUAAACCCCGCAUUCAUCGUCUUCUUUGUCCUCUCCUAUCCAUGGUGCUUAUUGGUUUGCUGAAGAGCUGCAGCCAGGAAUGCAAUAUCUGAAUCCUGCUGCUUACAUUUCUAUUUCGACCUACACUUUUAAAAAGCUAUAAAAGCCAAUAAAGCAAGAUGGAAAGAAG